GCGUGGGUUUUCAAUAAAAGUAAAGUGUGUUUGAGAAGAAAUAAACAACAAUAAUUAAUGAGGGGGGGUAGGGGGUCCACAUAAGCCACUACACCAUUCCUCGUUGGAGUAGAAGCAGCCAAUGAGAGAUCAGUACGUGCUUGAUUCGAAAUGGACGGAUAAGAUCCUCCCACUUACCACCAAUCGGAUGGCUUCAGUGAUCGCAUAGUUAUCGAUAAGGAACGGCCUCCACUCCUCCACGUGUUUCCAACGAUCCUGUUAUUAUCAGCAUUGAUCCAACGGACCUCCACAGACUCCCCUUCCACCCCUCUCUCUCCACCCUCUUAUCCCUUUUUCCGGCGCCGGAAUAUUCCUCCGAACCUCCAUUUCCGCCUCCUUUCUCUUUUACACUUCAAUUUCUUCUUCUUUCGCUUCAUUUGGUGAGAUGUCUGCAACUUCGCAGCUGUGAUUAUCCGACUUUACUUUUUUCUUCCUUUCAGCUGUUUUGGCAGAGGAUUUCUGUUGGAUUUACUGAGAUAUAAAGCUGAGUGUAAAGUUACGAGUCCAAAUCGAAACAUAAUUAGGUUUUUUUCACUUACUUUUGCAAGUAGAGAAUUGCAAUUGGCGGUGAUUUUCCCCAAUUUUGUAAAUUGAGUUCAAAUUGGGGGAAGGUCUGUGAGUGAAGUAAGCAUCAAUGGCGGACUCAGAUAAUGAGUCUGCAGGGCACCGGGAGCACAAUUCGUAUCACGAAUUGUCCCCUCGGGAGCAGGACAGGUUCCUCCCGAUCGCGAACGUGAGCAGGAUCAUGAAGAAGGCGCUGCCGGCGAACGCGAAGAUAUCCAAGGACGCGAAGGAGACGGUGCAGGAAUGCGUGUCGGAGUUCAUCAGCUUCAUCACCGGCGAGGCGUCCGACAAGUGCCAGCGCGAGAAGCGGAAGACGAUCAACGGCGACGAUCUGCUGUGGGCGAUGACCACGCUAGGGUUCGAGGACUACGUGGAGCCGCUUAAGGUGUACCUGCAGAGGUUCCGGGAUCUGGAAGGGGAGAAGACGGCCAUGGCCGGGAGGGGAGAGAAGGAGAGCGGCGGCGGGAACGGAAAUGGCGCCGGCGGAGUGGUGAAUAUGGGGAGCAACGGCGGCGGGGGAGGGUAUGAGGGGAUGUACGGAAUGAAUGUGAUGAGUCAUCAAGGGGGAGGGGCGGUUUACGGGUACGGGAAGGUGGCGGGCGGUGGGAAGAUCGGGUCGGGUUAUCAUAUAGGAUCUGGGUCCGGCGGCGGCGGUGGAGGGAGGCCGAGGUAGCUUAAUUGAGUUGACUUGAUUAAUUAGAUAGUUAUUAUAUUCAAAUGUAUUAUACACUGAUAUAAAUUAUGUUUAUAUUUUUGUAUUGCAUUUUGUAUGUAUAAUAUGAAAUGAGUUUGGUGUUGUGAAUGACAAUUACAUAUA